AUGGGAGUACCACUCUUCUGGCUUGCCGUAUCCGGGACGGCUGCACUUGUCUUGCUCGUAUCCCGGACUAUCUACCGCCUGUAUUUCCACCCAUUGAGCCAUAUCCCUGGACCGAAACUAGCCGCAGCCACGCAUCUGUAUGAGUUCUACUACGAUGUCUGGCGGAGUGGCCGGUACCUAUUCGAGAUCGAGAAGAUGCAUCGCCAAUAUGGCCCUAUCGUCCGCAUAACCCCUCGUGAAAUCCACAUCAACGACCCCGAAUUCUACGACGAGAUCUACGCCCCCUCAAGCCGUCGCCGCGAAAAGGACCCAGCACACGUCCCGCUCUACUCCGAGCGCGUGCAGAAACUCAUCCAGCGCUUCGAGGGGUUCUAUCGUGCGAAAAGACCGCUGCAGGUUGAUGAUGCGUUUACGGCUCUGACGGCAGAUAUCAUCACAUAUUACAGUUACGGUAGACUAUGGGGAUUCCUCGAAGACGAGAACUUUCGCAGCGAUAUCCGGCAGGCGUCGAGCGAGCUCAGCGCAAUGGUUCACUUGAACCGCUUCUUCCCGUUCCUUGCGCCGAUGCUGAUGAUGAUCCCCGUGUGGCUGAUCGGCCUUGUGAGUCCCGCAUCGGAAAAGGAGUCGGGCAAGAGUACGCGGACGAUCGCGCAUCGGCUUGGGGACCCGGCCCUACCGGUGGAAGAGCGCAGUAUCGCGAGGCAGGAGGAGGAGAGCCUAAUUGUAUUAGCGGCGGGGACGGAGACGACAGGUAGAGUCCUCUCGCUGGCGGCUUACUACAUUUAUCAGGAUCAGAAUGUGCUACGGCGGUUGAGGGAGGAGGUCCAGACCGUUCUACCGACACCGACGAGCACAUGUGCAUUGUCAGAGUUGGAGCAGCUCCCUUAUCUGAGUGCUGUAGUCAGCGAAUCCCUCCGCGUCGCCAACCCCGUCAUCGGUCGGACACCCCGCGUCGCGCCAGACGAGGCAUUAAAAUAUAAGAACUACACGAUCCCUCCUGGGACACCAAUAAGCUCAUCCUCCCUCUUCAUCCACCGCAACGAGACAAUCUUCCCGAAUCCAACGCAUUUCAACCCAGACCGGUGGCUGCAAGCUAAAGGUCAGCGGCUGGACCGCUACCUAACUUCCUUCACCAAGGGGAGUCGCGCGUGUCUGGGGAUCAAUCUUGCCUAUGCGGAGAUGUAUAUAGCCCUCGCGCAUCUUGUUCGCCGGAUCGACCUCGAGAUUGACAACACUCACCCUGAGGAAAUGGAAGUAAAGCGGGAUUUCUUUGUUUGGUAUACCGAGCAUGAUGAGCCGCGUGUGCGGGCGCGUGUGGUGGGGAUAUUGGCAGAUUAA